AAACAACAAUGGUUGCUGGUUAACGUUUGUUGAGUUUUUCCUUUACACGUUUUUGGAUAUUUUUACCUCAUUAUUUUCUCUAAUACGCUCUGAAAACGUUUUAAGAGUUACUAAUACGUAGUAUAGUUCAAAAUGUUUACUUAUUUUACUAUUAUUGUAGCAGUGAAGUCAACAAAAUAAUUUAACUUGACUGUUGCAGGGGAUUUAAUUAAAGUUAUUAUUUGUAUUUUUCUGGAUUACUCUGAAUAUAAAUAUUGAAAACAUGGCUGGUGUAACGCCGCGGCGUUCCCAGCGCCUUCCACACAUGCAUACACCUAAAAUGUCUGAAAGAAAGAAAGGGUUAUUUCAAGGUAAUGUUGAGCCCAUUAAGGAAUCUUUGACGGAGCACAGGUGUCUUCCUGUGGUAGACAGCGAAAGUGACGGCGAGGAAUGUGAUCUGGGCAUCAUUAGCACCUUGGAUUCCAGUUCCGAUGAGAAUGACGGGCCGAAAACUCCUGAACGGACUAUUUGGCACGAGACACGCAGUCAGACCAGGAAACUGCUGAAAGAAAACCAAGAUUUGAAGAAUUUUAUCAAAUCCCCAUUCACGUUAAAAAAGUACCAGACUAGAUACUCUUGUGGUGACUCAAAAUGUACAGGGUCUACAUCCACUCCGGCCACUCCUCACUUCAACAAUAAACCUGGAACUCCUUCAUCAACACAUUCUUGCAAUAGUAUUAACACAACCUCGUCGACCUCCAGCCGAGCCCGUAAAAGCUUGGCUAACCUCAUAGCUGACACAGAAAGUUGCAGCAGUUCUCUUAAAGAUUUAAAUUUUGACACAGACUCUGGUACAGAUUCUAAAGAAAACACACCCACUAAAAGUAGUAGACGUAUGAACAUAAAACAGAAAAUGACGCCUAAAGUACAGAGCUUCAAAGGUGUGCUGUUAGAACAGAAAAAGAACAUGUUGUCACCCAUGAAAACGGCUGUUGUCUGUUUAACCAAAAUGGACAUGACUAGCGUCAUAUCACCAACUCAGAUGUUGAAGACUCCUCAUAACACAACAGAGACUCAGUCUCCACCAAAAUUAAGUCACAAUCGUCGAUCAGUUGUCGAGAUUAACGAAAGUCCAGAAUCCUACGGUGACAGUGAGAAAAGUCAAAAGAGAAUGAGGAAUGAUAGUAUGUCAGAUAAUGCUCCACACUCAAAAUAUCCAAGAUUAGAAAGUGUAGCGCCCAAAGCGCGUACAUCAUUAUUCAAUAGUGAGAGAUUAAAAGAAAUAUUGUCCGCAAAGUCAUUCUAUGGUAAAAGUAAUCCGGAAUUGAAUAGUAAUGUGACAACCAAGAUUUCUAACGCCAUAGAAGUUACAAGCACGCAUAAUCGUCGUCCCUUCUUGCACUCCUACUCUCAUAAACGUAAGAGGAGACCUGGCCAGAUAAAUUUGGGUGUAAGACAUAAAAUCAGAAAGCCCAAAGUGAAUAGAGCUAAUAUAACUAGUGGAGUUAGGCCAUUAAAUAAAUCAGUAGGGACUUCGGAAGUAAACACGACUAUAACUAAUGUGAGCAAUAAUGAUAGUUCUAUGCUGAGUCACAACUCUUCACAGGAACUUGGUAAUGAUAAAGCUGACCCAUUCGUCAAAGAAAAGGAGACCAUUGAAGCACUCCUCAGCCAGUGGACAGAGGAAGAAGUUCCUGAUUCGGAACUUUCUCACUCCAAGCCCAGGCAAGAGCUGCCCUGUUUCAACAAUUCUGUUAUAGAAGAAACUAGCCAGAUCUUCCAACCGAUCACGGCGGUUCCCGUGCAGGCAGCUUUGCCGCAGGAUUCCGACGCCGUUAUUGUCGAACUUGGCUCUGAGAAAGAAACAGCACUACCACAAAACGUCAAACCAUUGCCACAAAACGUCGACGAAUUACCACAAAACGCUGAGGCGCAUGACGUGGUAAUGUCUGAACCUGAUACUCAUAAAAAUAUUCAUGGUGAUAUGUCUAAAAGUGGUCACUUUUUACCAGUCGAAGGUGGAUAUAUAUUGGUAGCUGAUGAACAGCAACCUCAAGACGAGUUGCCAGACCUGGAUGAGAUAGAACGCGAAUUAAAAAUGCUUGACGAACAAAUAUUGAAAAUGGCUCAGUCUAACAACAUCAAUGCAGAAGCGGUUCUUGCAUCCACUGAAACCGCCAUCUCGCCCGUUAUAACUCCACCAGCAGUAGGAGAAGCUACGAAGGCGGACAAAACGCAAAAAUUAUUCCCGAUAUUCAGCAAUCCAAAUCCAGGCACGCCCAGUACCAGUUCUAAAGCGCCAGAUAAGAGCAAAAAGUGUAUACUAAAGAAUGGCUCUGAUCAAUACGUCAUCGACGCGGGACAAAAGCGAUUCGGUGCUACACAAUGCACAGAAUGCGGGGUUAUUUAUCAGGUCGGCGAUCCUCAGGACGAGCAUGACCAUUUGGUUCAUCACAACGCGACAGAUGUUCUGAGAUUUAAUGGGUGGAAAGAGGAGUCCGUGGUUGGCACGUGGGGCGGCGGGCGGUGCGUGCGCGUGCGCGGCGGCGGCGCGGGCUGGCGCCGCGUGGGGGCGCUGCUGGCGCGGCUCGUGCACCCGCAGCUCGGCCUGCCGCCCGAGCUGCCUUCCCACCGCCUGCACGAAUACACGGCCUACCUGUACAUUGAAAAUAAACAAAUAACAGGCUGUUUGAUUGUGGAGCCUAAAACGAAAGCCCAUAAACUGAUACCAGGGGACCCAGAUUGCUGCAGCGAGGAAGAAUAUCCCAUUAAGAUGGGCGUAUCCCGUAUCUGGACGCACCCGUCGCGAAGACGGCGCGGUGUUGCCGCCCGCCUGCUGGACUGCGCUCGUGCUUCGCUGCUGCUAGGGGAGGCGCUGCAGCCCCACCACCUGGCCUUCAGCGCGCCCACAUCCGCUGGGAAAGCUCUCGCCGCCAAGUACUGCGGCACACCGAAUUUCUACAUUUACAUCGAUUAGUGGACAAGUAUUGUACUUUUAUUCUUCUCUUUCUUGCUUUGACCCUCCUGGCCGAGGAUCUUAGCUACAAACAGUUCCUCUCAAUUCAGCAUGUGCAGUAUGUACAGCCCCGUGGAUACCACUACCAGUUGUCCUUUUUAUAGCAUCACAGCGUCUCGUAGGGACACAUCCUCUAAGUCAUCCACCCACAUUCACCAAAAGGAGUAGCUUCUCUAAACUGUGCCUCGACGAACACGUAAUAAAAAUAAUAUAUCUAAAAACAAUCAGGGCUUUCACCUGACAGAUUCUGGAUAAAUAUGUAAUGUGGAGUUGACAUAAUAAAGUACCAUUAGUUCUCAUGGUGGUCUAUGGUAUUCUAAGCGUCCGCCAUUAUUAUUACAAGCUUAAUCGAUAUUUUAAGAAAUUUCGAAUAUUUGUUUCUAAUUAAGAGUGUUCAUAACGUUAGCUCACCGAACGUGUUUAAUAUAAUCAUGACAAAUGUUUACGCAUUUUAUUACGUAUAAUGACUUAGUAUGAAAGUAAGUAAAACUCGGUGAAAUUGAACAUUUUUCGUACAGUGGACAUGGGCCGAAAAAUAAAAUAUAAAAAAAAAUUCACUUACGUGAUAUUUCUAGCCAGUUAUAAAUUUACAAUUUUUUUUCGUUUUAAACCUUAUUUCACUGUAAAACUGUCUUAAAAGGAUUUUAAUCUAAAGUUUCUGCUUAGAGUAUAAAAGUAUUUAUAACAAACAAAUAAUAUACGCUUUUAUACAUUCACUUUUAAUAUAAAUAUUUGUUUAUAAUGAACAUGUACUCAAACCGACUUAUCCCUUAAAGUGAUCUCUUCCAGUGAACCUUGAGAGUAUAUGAUGAAUUCAUAACAAAGUAUGAUAACGUUGCAAUUAUUUGUCAAUUUUCAAAAACAAUUGAAUAUUUUUUAAUGUUUCUGAGUAACUAUUUAAAAAAUCAUCUGCUGACCAACUAAAACGUUAAUCAUGUAAUAUUUUUAUUAUUUGUAAGAUUCCGAAGUAAAUAUAAAGUAGAUGUAAAGUUUUUUAAUCAAACAAACAAAAAACGGCCCACCCGAUGUAGUGUUAACAGAGAAAUAACACCUGAGUCCUCAGGAAUGGCAACGCAUGGGGAGUAUCAUGGGCGAAACAGUAUAUUCUGUUAUGUUCAUGGUAUUGCUCAUGUCUAUAUGCGACGGUUACCACUUUCCAUCAGGUGGACCGUCAGUUUGUUUGCCAUUCUAAGUUGUAUAAAAAAAGAAUUAGCCAGCUUAGCACUAAGUCAGGUGGACUUCUCUCCAGCAGCGGACCCCAAUUAAUGGUAGAUUUAUAUGCAUAAUGGUUUAGUUCGCUAGCAGAGUAUUUUUUAAAUAAUCAGUGCAGUCAAAAACACUGAAAAACAUUUUUUUUUAUUACCAUAAUUGUCACACUUCGGUGAGCAAAAAUUAUGUACGCUUUUGUUUCCAUACAUACAAUUAUAUGCAUUUACAUACUACUUUUAUUUUGAACAUAGUUGUUACGAGACGUUAUCUUGCCCAGUUUUUAGUAAAUGUUUUUAUAUUGUGAAACCCUUUUUAAUGCAAUUGAGUGAUAUUUUUUAUCGAUCUGAGUUUUUCUUAGUAAUAAAGUGAACUUAUCAUUUUAACGUGUACUGGAAAAUAUUAAAAGUUAGUAGAGAAUGGUUUGGCAUAUUAUGUCCAUAGAGCAUUUGCGUAUGUAUAGAGUAUAUGUAGAUGGGGAAGGGGGAGGACUGAUAGGCCGUGCCUACCUUAGAGUUGUUUUGUGCUUACCACAGAAUAAGAAACGGAGCUUUCAGCCAUAAGUAAAGGGCCAAAAAUAUAUAUGUAAUCUAUAUACAUAUGUACCUUUUUAAGUAGUAACCCCCCCCCCCCCCUGUGCGAAAUAAUCUUAAAUACACCAAUACCAUAGAGUAAAAAUUAAUAAAGUAACAUUAUUGAAUUUUCAUGAUAUCUUGUCUACAUGAAAUUUAUAUAUUUUGAUAUGUAAGAAUAUUAACUGUUUUUUUUUAAAUAACAUUUUUCUUUUCGUCACGUAAACUGAACAAUAUAUAUAACACUGUUUUAACGUAGAGAAAACGCCAAAUCUGCCUAUUGUUUAUAUGAAAUGUUCACAAGUAUGGUUUACCUCAUUUUCUACACGUGAUUAUUAGAUUCUAGUAUUUUAUAUAUAUAUAUAUAUAUAUAUAUAUUAUGCUCAUACAACUACGUUGUUGGUUAUAAACUUAAGUGCCUUUAUGAAUUAAAUAGAUAAAUUUAGGGUUGCCAAUUAGAACAUUAUGUAUACCUGUAAAUUUCAAUUAUACUGUUACUCGGAGUACAAAAAUAUGUAUGGAUUUGAUUGUUGAUUCUGUUAAACUGUUCUUUGUUUUGAAUAAUAAGAGGGAGACCUUAUAUAAAGACCUCUGCCCCAUUUAAAUUUCUUCCGACAAACUAACUUUUGUACUUGGCUGUGUUUCGGUUUGAAGGGCGGAAUAUGGCAGUGAAAUUAUAGAGUAUAGAGAGAUUUAGUCCUCUAAAAUAGUAAUGCAUGAGGAGUAGACGUCAUAAUAUAUGUGUGUCCUGUCCAUAGUGCUAUUAAUGACUGACGAUGAUGACCACUUUCCAUCAUCAGGUGAACUAUCAUUCUCCAAGAUCUGACGAAAAAAGAGGAUACACUUAAGUUUGAAGUAUAAUAAACUUGUGCCUUAAUUCUAUGCUUGUAAUACUAUUUCACACACAAAAGUGAAUUGGAAAACCAAUAUCUAAAUUUCUAAUUCCUUAUCCACUGUUUUUAUUUACGAAUUGACAUGUGUAAGUAAAACUCGUGCCCAAAAUAUAUUCCUUUUGGACAUUCACCAAUAGCAUCGAAAUCCAUCUACCUCUAGUUUCAUUAACUAAUAUUUGGUAGAUUUUGCAGAAUAUAAUUCUUUGCAA